UGAAACAAACUUAAUAAAAUGAAUGCUUCUAUCUCUAUCUCUUUCCUUAUGGAAGCAGUUUACAAUGGAGACACCACUGCACUCCAAAAGAUAAUAAAAUCUGGAACCAAUGUUAACGUUCUGGAUGAAAAUGGAGAACCUCUGAUAUUUAUCCCAAUCGUUAAUGGUGAUAUGGAUACUCUUAAGGUUCUCCUACCCUAUGCUGAUACCAGCAUGACGAAUGAUGAUGGUAGAACACUUUUAAUGGUUGCAGUCGAAAUGAACGAUAUGGACAUGGUGAAAAAGAUCGUGAAAUCAGGAGCAGACGUGAACAAAAAAGACAACUCUGGAAAAACUGCCAUACUGAUAGCUUUGGAGGGUGGUAAUUUUAAAAUUGCAGAAUACCUGAUCAAGCACGGAAGUGACGUCAACGUUGUGGACGACCUUGGUCAAUCUGCCCUCCAUCUUGUGGCAACAGGAGAACAUAAUGACUGUACAAAAAUUGUCAAAAUACUUUUUAACUGUGGUUACCAGAUGAAGGAUAUAGACAAUUGGCUCAGCCCGGAAGAUGUAAUGUCCAACCCAAAAUUUAAAUCUAAAUAUUUAAAACUGAUUCACAAAGUGAAAACGUCACUGAAGGCUAUUUCAAAUUGUGAUCAUAUAAUUCCAGUGGUACCCUGAAUACAAUUUCUUUGAUAUAAUAGCCAAUCUGUACCUUUGCAGAUAGAUACGAAAUGUUUCUUUACAUGAUGAGGUAUCACAGUAAAGAAAAAUAUGCGACUGGUAUGAGUUCCGAUCAGAGAGGAAACUAAGACUGAGCAUGUAGCAUCCAUAUAUAAAAUGAAGAUUACAAAGGAGUUACUAGAAACAGAGGUUUCAUUUUCUAAGAACGUGAAUGUACAUGUAUCAAAAUAUAGCAAACAGGAGUAAUGUUAAAACCUAAUACCUGUGUGAACAAAAGCCAGAAGUACUUAUUAGGAGCCUGUGAUUAUCUGAGAGAAUUAUUUUCACUUUAAUAAAAAACCAU